CUCAUGCAUCUGUAUGUUGUAGGCUGCCAUGGCAGUAUGGAUUGUCAUCCUGCGCUUCAUGGGGGACUUGCCUGAACCUAAGUACCACACAGCCAUGGCUGAAUCAAGGGACACAACCCCAGUGAUGUCAAAGAUCUACUCUACAUUAGGUCGUAAGUUCAAUAAGAAAGACCUUGAGGAGGCAAUGAAAAUGGGAGAAGAGUUGGUGAGUAUGGAGAAGGAGGCGCCAGGCUACCAGCGCCACACCAUCAAGAAGUCCACACGGAAGAAGAUAGUGUCCCUCACACUGAAGAAGAAGUCCAAGAUCACAGAGGAAGUGACCCGGAAGCUGCAGGACUAUGACACUACUGGAGGCGGCAACGCCUUGUUGGAGGACCGACCCAUGUCCAACCUGGAGAAACUGCACUUCAUCAUAGGCCAUGGAAUCCUCAGGCCAGAACUCAGAGAUGAGAUCUACAGUCAGAUCUGCAAGCAGCUGAAUCAGAACCCUUCCAAGGCCAGCCAUGCCCGCGGCUGGAUCCUCCUGUGUCUGUGUGUGGGUUGCUUCCCGCCAUCAGAAAAUAUGGUGAAGUAUCUGCGCAACUUCAUCCAAGAUGGCCCCCCAGGCUAUGCUCCCUACUGUGAAGAGCGCCUCCGUCGUACCUACUCUAAUGGCCCUAGGAAUCAGCCCCCCAGCUGGCUAGAGCUGCAGGCCACCAAAUCAAAGAAGCCAUUGAUGCUGCCCAUCACAUUCAUGGAUGGCAACACGAAGACGCUCCUAGCCGACUCUGCCACCACCGCCCGCGAGCUGUGCCAGCAGCUCUCUGAGAAGAUUGAGCUGAGGGAUCAGUUUGGCUUCUCUCUCUACAUUGCAUUGUUUGACAAGGUGUCUUCCCUGGGCAGUGGUGGUGACCAUGUGAUGGAUGCCAUCUCCCAAUGUGAGCAGUACGCUAAGGAGCAGGGGGCACAGGAGAGGAAUGCCCCAUGGAGAUUGUUCUUCAGGAAAGAGAUUUUUGCCCCGUGGCAUGAUCCCAGCGAGGACCUGGUGGCCACCAACCUAAUCUACCAGCAGGUGGUCCGGGGCAUCAAGUUUGGAGAGUACCGAUGUGACAAGGAUGAGGACCUAGCAAUGAUCGCUGCCCAGCAGUACUUUGUGGAACAUGGCACGAACCUGAUCCCCGAGCGCCUCCAGGCCCUGCUUCCAUCCUUCGUCCCAGACUCCUACCUACAGAAGCCCAACGCCAUGCAGGGAUGGAUGUCAUCUGUUGUCAGUAAACUCAGAAGUCCGUACUUCACAAAUGAAAGGAUUCGAGCACCGAAAGUCAAAGAGGACAUUGUCAGCUAUGCAAAAUAUAAAUGGCCAUUACUUUUCUCUAGAUUCUAUGAGGCAUAUAAGUUUGCUGGCCCGAGUUUACCUAAGAAUGAUGUGAUUAUUGCUGUGAACUGGACAGGGGUGUAUGUGGUGGAUGACCAAGAACAAGUCCUGCUGGAGUUGUCUUUCCCUGAAAUUACUGCCGUCUCCAGCAGCCGAACAGGCAAGAUGCAUGGCCAGAGCUUCACGCUGGCAACAGUAAAGGUGAUGAUGAGUACACCUUCACCUCGCUUGAAUGCUGAGGACAUCAAGGACCUGGUGGUCACCUUCUUGGAGGGUCUGAAGAAGAGGUCCAAAUACGUCAUCGCCAUCCAGGACUACACUUCACCAGGCGAGGGUUCUACAUUCCUGACAUUCAGUAAGGGGGACCUGAUAGUGCUGGACCAACAGAGUGGGGAGACGGUGAUGAACUCCGGCUGGUGCUAUGGGGAAAACGUCAAGACCAACAAGAAGGGAGACUUCCCUGCUGAGUGUGUCUAUGUUCUGCCUACCAUCACUCGUCCACCAACAGAAAUACUGAACCUGUUUGUCCAGUCUGGGGAGCAGACAGAGAAGCUGCUCGCCCCCGUGCAAGAUGACAAUGAGAUGGUUGAGCCAGGAGAGAAACCUCACACACUGGAGCAGUACUCCCUGGACCACUUCAGAAUGCCCCCGAAGCGCACUCUGAGCAAGUCGAUAAAGUCUGCAGGUCGUAAGAGCAUGGAUGAUUUGUGGCGGUACUCCAAGGACCCAAUCAAGCAGCCACUGCUGAAGAAACUGCAGGGCAAGGAGGAUCAGGCCGCUGAGGCCUGCAUGAGCUUCCUUGCUAUCCUGAAGUACAUGGGUGACCAUCCAUCCAAGAGAAGUAGGAACUCCAAUGAAAUCACUGAUGCCAUAUUUGAACCUCCACUCAGAAACGAAAUCCUCCGAGAUGAGGUGUAUUGCCAGAUCAUGAAGCAGCUCACAGAGAACCGAGUCAGAUCCAGUGAGGAGCGAGGGUAUGAGCUGAUGUGGCUUGCUACAGGCUGCUUCGCCCCAAGCACAAACCUUCUGAAGGAACUGAUGCAGUUUCUCAGGACAAGGAAGAACUCUAUUGCCCCAGACUGCAUGAACAGACUCAAGAAGACACUUAGGAAUGGCACCAGAAAGUACCCUCCACAUCAAGUGGAGGUGGAGGCCAUCCAGCACAAGACAACGCAGAUCCUGCACAAAGUCUACUUCCCUGAUGACACAGACGAGGCAUUUGAGGUCGAGUCCAGUACUAGAGCCAAGGAUUUCUGCCAGAAUAUUGCCAACAAACUGGCCCUGCGGUCUGCAGAAGGCUUCAGCUUGUUUGUCAAGAUAGCUGAUAAAGUUAUUAGUGUUCCUGAGGGAGAUUUCUUCUUUGACUUUGUGCGUCAUCUGACUGACUGGAUCAGAAAGGCACGGCCAUCCAGGGAUGGUGCUGUCCCACAGUUUACAUACCAGGUGUUCUUUAUGAAGAAGCUGUGGACCAACACAGUGCCCGGCAAAGACAUCAACGCUGACUUGAUCUUCCACUACCACCAGGUAGGAUGAAAAGAUGUCCUUACG